AUGCAUUUCAAGACCGCCGCCAUCGCCACCCUCCUCUCCGUGGCCGCUGCCCUCCCCGCCCCAGCCGACCAGACCAGCUGCGUCGACAACGCCGUCACCGUCCUGGACAACCUCUCCUCCGGCGCCAAGGCCCUCCAAGGCCAGGUGGAAGACUUUACCCCUUCCGCUCUAUUCAGCACUUUCCCGCGCAUCAUCAACGGGUUCAAUGAUGAACUCGGCGGCCUCGCGUCCCUGGACCUCAACUGCGGCGGCGAGCUCAGCGCCGACGACCAGAAGAAGGUCUGCGCUGCUACGGAAAACCUCAUCGUCGCCAACGAAGACCUCGUCAAGUCCCUGGGCGCGAAACAAGCCAUAAUAGGCCAGACCCCGUUCGGCGGCCCGCUCUCGGCUGUCGUGCGUUCCCUCGAGGCCACUCUUGAUCCGGUUGUUUUUUCGGCUAUCAACGCCGCGCCUGUUUGUGCUGGCGACUUGGAGAAAUUGGAGACGGCGCUUGCGAAGGAUGUUGAGGCGGUUGUUGGUCAGCUGCAGUUGUAG